GCGCAGACUGUUGAAAUAUUCUUCCUUACAUCUCUCGCUCUAUCAAUCGAUAUCAUGGCGAGGCGCUCCGCCAGGCUUCUGAAGCGAUCGCCCACUCCGGCCGAGGAGUCAAUCUUAAGCAACGCGAGUUGGGAGACUGCGCACUCCGAGCUAUCGCCUCCACGCAAUGAGCGUCUUCCCUCCGUUGUAGAGGACCACGAACCUGCCUUAGAGACACCGCAAAAGCCUGUUGCGCAGAAGCCAGACACGGCUGUCAAAGCACAGAAAGCGUCCCAACUGCCGCAGACGGAGCACACCCCGACCUCGCUCACUCCUGCAUCUACCGCCUGUCAAACGCCCAAGAACCGUACUCCCAUUUUGCCGGCUACUCAAGAAAUGCACCCAGCUUUGCAUCACCCGACUACGGCCAAGAUGUUGGAUGAGGCGCGUUGGCUCGGUUUCCAGAACAUGGGCGCUCAUACUGCACCACCAAAAGCUGCUUCGUCAGCUGUAGGACAAGGCACUCCUUCCAAGACACCGGCAUCUUCCAAAACUCUUCCCGGCGCAGCGGAAGAUGCGAAGAGCCCUUCGUCUGCUUUCAAAUUUAGGUUCCGCAUGAAGUCGCCUUUCUCUGGCCUUAGCCCUUCCUCGAGCCGCGUUUUGAACAACGGUGGGGAGAAGAGCACUGCUAGUGCACGUGAUUUGUUCAAGGCAGACGAGUUCACUGCUCCGGUGGACAUGGAUACCAAGCGCAAGACCGCUGUACCAAAGGGCAAGAUGAAGCGCUUCAGCGACGUACACAUGAAACAGUUCAAGAAGAUGGACUCUAUCGCGAACCACCCGUCGUCCUUCCGCACCGUACAACUCGUCAACACGCCGUUGAAGAAGUCGUCCUCUAGAGCCGAUCUUAGCAAGCCUGAGUCCAGUGGAACCGCAAACAACAAGUUGAAGCGAACACAAUCUAAGAUGAAUUUGUUGGACACCGUUACAAAGGGAGCUGGACCUGCCUUAGGUCGCAUUACCUCAAAUACGGACACGGAAGAACUUCAACCCAAAGUUGCUUUUACACCGUUGAAGCGCACUCAGUCGAAAACGGACCUCGGUGGUUCCAGCCUCCCUCGUUUUCAGUCGACUGUACGAAUGGUCCCUCCUUCGCGCGACGGACGCCCCCUCUCACGGGACAAUGACAACCCUUUCGCCAAACGGGUCAAACGCACCGAAAACGACGAUGCUGCGACUACACGCCCGGCCUCCCGUAGUGGUAGAUCCGAAGCGAGCAAACCCAACAUUGCAAAGGUUGCAACACCUGCCCGAAAGAUUACUUCUCAAACUGCCCUCCCACGUUUCGCUUCGAGACUGAUGACGCCGACCAAGGCAUCUUUGGCGCGAUCCCACACGGUCAAAGCAGUCAAGUCUCAGUCUAUGAUUCCUUCGCUUCUCAAGUCCCCAUCAACCACAAACCUUUUCUCGCCCACUAACAUUGGCCAAGCGAUGAAAGAUGGUGUGCGAGAUGGUAUGCGGAAGACGAGCAACUCCCUGCAAAAGGUCAAGUCUAUUCUCCGUACCCCAAAUCCGAAAUUCUCCAACGACAUCAGCAAGAUUGCUGCAGGUACCCACAUGUCACCUCCUACGGAUGAUCUAUACAAGCCUCUUCCUAUCGCCCCCCAGACUGUCCCUGCGAAGAAGCACGUUCUUUUCAGCAGCAGCACUCUCGAGCGAGACAAUCAGGAGGACUGGGCCAAAUCACCCUCGCCAAUGAAGCUCCGAGCUGGCUCUGAAAUCCCAGCUGGCGCUGUUGUCUAUCCGUCUCUUCAAGGCGGCGGCGAUGUUGAGUACCCUACCAUCCACGAAGAUUCGGAAUCAAGUGCCGCUUCUCCGUCCCGCCGCCUCACAUUUGGUGACGUCGAAGCGAACAAGCCCAGCGAGUUCUCGUUCCAAUCCAGCAAAGCCAUUGAUUUUGGUCCUGCCUCCACUGGCACCAUACGCGUUGUACGCAAGAGUAACGCCUCUUCCAUGUUCGACGGCAAGAAGCGUAGGCUCAAUGCCGUUGAGGAGAGCUCGGACAAGGAGAACAGUGCACCGGCACAGCAAGAUGGGGGUCGUUCCGCCAAGAAGGCGAAGAUUGCCCCGACCGAGCCUUCCAAGACUCCAUCUAAGCUGCCCCGUCGUACUCCCAACAAGCGCGGAAGCGCCCUCAGCAAGUCUAGGCUUGCUUUUCUAUCCACUCCCAAGCGUUCAAAAGCCUGA